CACGAGGUGUCGUCAGGUGCCAGACAACCCGUUCGGGACCGAACCUCUCAGGUCAACCCAAUCAAUGCCUCAGACAGAGAAGCAAAUAUGCAUCCCUCCAGAGCUCCCCGAAUUGCUGAAGCAAUUUACCAAAGCAGCCAUUCGGACCCAGCCACAAGAUCUCAUCCAAUGGGCUGCGGAUUAUUUUGGGGCUAUGUCCCGGGGAGAGAUCCCUCCAGUGAGAGAGCGGUCUGAGCGAGUUACUUUGUCUAACUGGGCAGAACUUACACCUGAGCUGUUAAAGAUCCUGCAUUCUCGGGUUGCUGGUCGGCUGAUCAUCCAUGCUGAUGAACUGGCCCAGAUGUGGAAGGUGCUGAGUCUCCCAACAGAUCUGUUUAAUAGUGUGAUGAAUGUGGGCCGCUUCACGGAGGAGAUUGAGUGGCUCAAGUUUUUAGCCCUUGCUUGCAGCUCUCUUGGAGUUACCAUUGCAAAAACUCUCAAGAUAGUGUGUGAAGUUUUAUCAUCUGAUCAUGAUGGUGGACCUCCUCGGAUUCCUUUUAGCACCUUCCAAUUUCUCUACACAUAUAUUGCUGAAGUGGAUGGGGAGAUCUCUGCGUCUCAUGUCAGCCGAAUGCUAAACUACAUUGAACAGGAAAUAAUUGGUCCUGAUGGAUUAAUCAAGGUGAAUGACUUUACCCAAAACCCCAGGGUUCGGCUGGAGUAAAAGCACACUUUUGGCAAUUUUAAAGGAAAAUACAGAUGAGUGUGCUUCAGGAUGACUAAAUCACACACACCAUCCAGUGUCAAUUUUCUUGUACAACUAGUACACUAAUAAACACUUAGGCAAACAUGAAAUCAGAAA